AUGACUUCCCUCCCUCUCGUUGUUCUUCUAGACGAAAGUCUCCUCAGCACCAAUUACAAGAACGAUAUGAGUGUUGCUGAUACUAUUACAACUUUUGCCCUUAUUGGCCAGAAAGAAAAGCACCUCCGGUACCUUGAAGCUCAACUUCAUCAAAUGCAACAACAACAACCCCGUGCUCCUUCUUUUGCCUCUUCUCGGAACCAGCAACCACUUCCGAUAACAGUUCCCAGCUUUGUUCCACAAGUUCCUUUUGCUCUAGAUACCUCUCCUGCACCACCUGUUAUUUCUUCUUCACGAACUUUUCCUACUAAAGAAUUGAAAGAACUUCAACGACAACAACGUGCUCUUCCCAAAAGAACACGAGCAGUCAGAGGACGUGCUCGCAGUAGAAUACCAUCAGCCUGGACAUCCACUACAGCACUUAUGGAUCUUAGUGACUAUGAGGAUGAAUUUGCAGAUGCCCUACCAGUACCACCUCCAUUUACCCCUUAUCCUAUGCCAGUCUCCUACCCUGCACCUCCACCUCCUGACCCCCUUAGGAUAACUACACCAGUUCCUCCAUCUCCUAUCCUUGUGUCCACAACACCUCCUAAAUCCAUCCAUACCAUCAUAUCCCCUCCAGAAAACACUCUCUCUGCGUUCCUUACAAACCUUACUAUCCCCGACCCUCUUCCUUCUUUCAUGAAUGAAGGACCAAUACCUGCUGCACCUCAUGUUUCUGAAAUGGAUGAUGACCAUGAAAUACAGAAUCCUGAAGAAACACCUAGACGGCCCCCUGUCCCACCUACUCCUUUUACUCCAUAUCAAAACCAGGACCCUAAGCAAUUUUUUACCCUGGAUGAUAUUCCUGUUUCUAAAUGGGCGUCUCAAAUUGCUGAUUUUCAUGCAUGGAUAAAUGCAAAACUACUUCAUGAAAGAGCUUCAACAGUCACUGUCUUGUCCAAAUUUGUUGUAAGAAUCCAAGGCAAACUCAGGGAAUGA